GGAUGGCGGCUGUGGCGGCGGCGGCGGCGGCCGGGGCCGGAGCGAGCAGCGGCCGAGCCUACUCGUUCAAAGUGGUGCUACUGGGCGAGGGCUGCGUGGGGAAGACGUCGCUGGUGCUGCGCUACUGCGAAAACAAGUUCAACGACAAGCACAUCACCACCCUGCAGGCAUCUUUCUUAACAAAGAAGUUAAACAUUGGUGGGAAAAGAGUAAAUCUUGCAAUAUGGGACACAGCAGGCCAAGAAAGGUUCCAUGCAUUGGGUCCAAUUUACUACAGAGAUUCAAAUGGAGCUAUUUUAGUUUAUGAUAUAACAGAUGAAGAUUCCUUUCAGAAGGUAAAAAACUGGGUCAAGGAAUUAAGAAAAAUGUUGGGCAAUGAAAUCUGUUUAUGUAUAGUUGGUAAUAAGAUAGACUUGGAAAAAGAAAGGCAUGUUUCAGUUCAAGAAGCAGAAAUGUAUUCAGAAUCAGUGGGAGCAAAGCAUUAUCAUACUUCAGCCAAACAAAACAAAGGAAUUGAGGAACUUUUUCUUGAUCUUUGUAAAAGAAUGAUUGAAACAGCUCAAGUGGAUGAGAGAGCAAAAGGCAACGGUUCCAGUCAGCAGGGAGCAGCUAGACGGGGUGUACAGAUCAUUGAUGAUGAGCCACAGGGACAGAGCAGUGGAGGAUGUUGUUCUGGAUAACUAUUCUCUUAAAGAAAAUUCUAAAAAAACAAAAACAAAAACAAAAAAACACCCCAAGAAAACAAAACUGUGGAUCAUUGCCCCCAAUAUGAAGACUGCCAUAUUCCAAAUCACAUUCUUUUACCAAUGGAGUUAUAGAAUUAACAGUAUUUUAAACUUACAUUUAUAACACUGCAGAGACCUUAAGUGCUAAACUAGUGGAGUGUGUGACAAGAGAAUUGGCGUUUUCUACAGCGUUUAACAAAGCAAUUACCAAUGGCCUUUUUAUAUAUAUUUUUUUCCUUUAGUAAGGAAUAAUAUGCAUGUAGAAAUAUUAAAGGCUUCAUUUAUAUUCUUUUAAAUCAAAUCAUUAUUUAAUAACUUAUAUAUGUUGUUGGAAUGGUAUACAUUUUUGCAGCCCUUUGUAUUUUGUGGUAAGUUGUGAAUUGUAUCACUUCUAAACAGCAAAUUGAUUUCUUUUUAUUAGCAGAUACCUGAAGUACUAUUUUUGCAGGGUUAGCAAAAGCCCAUAACUGUCAACUACUUUGAUAUAUUCUAUAUUCAUCCUGUAUGCUGAGCUGGUAAAAUACAUUGUAAAUUAGAUAUUAAAUAUUUUAUCUGCUUUUACAAGUACAGGUGCAGAAACAUGUACAGUAGUCUUGUCAAUGACUGUAAAGUGAAUUAACAUUUGAUGGAUAUGCAUAAGUUUUUGAUUCUAUAGUCUCAAUAUGGGUCAUUUCCUCCUUCACCCUUAAGUCUUCACAGAGAAGAGGGUUUUAAAAACUCACAUUUUACUUUACUUGAAUUGCUGCUGCUGUUUUUUGCCACAUAAAAAUGCCUCUUUCAAACCCUUUCUAAUAAACAGCAUUUUGUUCUGUUGUUGAAAAGAAAGGAUGAUGACCUCUGCUGAUUCUGCUGUAGAAUGAUUACUAGAAAUGUUUGGAGCAUGUUGAUCCUGUCACUUUUGCUUUGGCUUCCCCUUAAGCUUUAUAUACAACUUGUCUGUGGGCAUGGAACAAGAAUGUAACCCCUCUUUUUUUCCCAGUAACAGUCACUAACCUACCAAAUUCAUCUCCUGAGGCCGCACUUUGAAGUUUUUUGUGAGCAAGUUCUAUAAGGAACUAUAAGAACUCCUGUUCUAGUCUCUGAGUUUGUUAUGGUAGUUUCAUAUAAUGUGGCAUAAUGAACACUGGAAAGAAUUUAUUAUAAAAUUUAUAUUCUUGCACACUUUGUAAAUGAAUCCCACUUUAGUAGGUUUUCUUUUGAGGGGGGAAAUAAAAUUAUUAAGACAUGUUUAUUUUAAUAGAUUGAAGCAAUACUGCACACAGAAGGAACACAAAUUGUGGAAAUUAACUAAUUGUUGUGUUCUGAUAUUUUUUCCAUAUCUGUUAUGCUUGGAAAAUGAGUAAAUAUGUCUGAGAAAGUGGAAUGGUCCCUGGAUUUACUUCUCAUAAUAAUCAGUCAGAUAAUUAGAUAAGUGGAGGAUAGAAUGAUUGUAUAAAGUAUGGUUGUCUUUUCAAGUGGAUGAGACUAGGCUUAGGGCCUUUGGUAUCGUUAAGUCACAGUUUUGCCAAUUAAGUCAGUAUCAUAUCUGAAAGAGUGGAUUUUCUCAUUUCAGAGUCCACAAUCUUCUCGAGGAUAUUUGGGAGGGAGGAGGUAAAUGAAAGUGCUUGAAAUGAAUAAGCCUGCAUUCUUAUGAGAGUGGAAAGCACUUUGCCUCUUCAUUUCUUUUAUCUUUUCUGGGCUAGUGACUUCUUGUAGGGAAUCCUUUUGUGUAAUACUGCCUGCCUGUUCCAAGACAAACUUAAAAAAAACUUGGAUGUUCAAAACUUAACCUGGAAUAGAUAUACAAUAAGCACUUUUGAGAGGGUGGGGGAGGGAGGAGGAAAGUGGAGUGAGAUGUCCCUCUUUUCUCACCCCCCCCCCAAAAAAAAACCCUCAUAAUUUAAAAGUUAGUAACUUUGAAUGAAGACAGGUUUGACCAUUAUUCCAAAUGAAAUAUUGUAAAGCAAAACAGUUUUUAAUCUUUAUUUUUUUGUAAUCAAGGCUUCUAAUUUACUUUUUGAUGAGUGGUUCCAGGAGAUGCUAUCAUGGGUUUUUUGUGUUCUACAGGUAACAGUGCACUGUUGUCACUAAUAUCUGAGAUAACUGAUAAUUUUCUUUACCCUACAAAUAAGAGUUCUUUUAUUUUUCUGUCUUUUUCUGUUUCCUUGUGUUUCUCCCUUUUCUCUUUUACUUUGUUUUGUUUCCCCGGGGAUUAGCACAGUGCCUGAUAUAUUACAAGGCACUUUAAUCAAAGCAACUUGGUUGAUGCUGCCUGUGCUUUAGGAUGUACACAAAUGCUGUUGAUAUUCAGAGAUUAAAAAACAAAAAGGACAUGUUUUCUGUCCUACAAACAAAAUGGGAUAGAAUGAGAAAGGAAAAUUGAGGAACUAAUUAAAAUUAAAGGGGUAGAAAUUAAUUCAUGCUUAUAUUUAUUCCUCUUUCUAAUUGAUUAAUGUAGAUCAUUUUGUUCACAUAAUGUGAACUGGAAGAAGCUAGAAAAGAGAACCUCAUAGAUGGUCUAUGGGCAGGACUUGUACUUUUUUCAAUCAUUUCAUAGGCUAUAUAUUCUAUACAAGUUUCUCUCAAACAUGUUAAGAGAAAGACUCAUGAUGUCUUGUCCUAAUGGUGUGUGUGUGGGGGGAAAGAUUCUCCUUGUUUGAAAACAAAUGGAAAAACUCUGCCUUUAACUUAACCAUAUGCUGCAAUAUUGAACUGAAUGAUUUUUUUUUUAAGUUCUACUAUUGUUGUGUGAAGUUUGUAUGUUACAAUUUCUUACUCCUUAUGGCAUAUGAAAACCACUGUGGUAAUAUAAAUAACAUUUAAUCCAAGAUUAGUUUCGAUAAUUGUUGCUUGUUUUUAUCUAGCAAAUAAUUAAGAAAAACUUAAAUAUUUAUGGGGAAUUAUAGAAAAGAAGAAAAGGACAGAAACUGAAAAUAAUUUUGCCAUCUUAUUUCUUUUUCUUAGUCACUAAUUUAUCUUAGCAUAAAAUAUGUAAAGAAUGAAUCAUGCCAAGUUCUUAAGAGUCUUUUAAAAAAACUUGUUUGAUGGUUUCUGCAUGCAUAAAAAUUAACAGCAUCAACCUCUUAAAUGCUUCUUUCUCACUUCUAUUUUUUUACUUUUUGUAUAUGAAAAUCUUAGAAGUAAAAAAUGAACACUAUCUUGAGCUCUUUGGAGGAAAAAAUAAUAGAUAGUAAAGAAGUAAAUUUAACAGAUUUUUAAGUUAUAUAUAAAGAGUAAUUUUUAACCACUUUAAAUCAUAAAGCAUCUUUUCCUAAAGGGAUAUGAAUGGCAUUGUGUUAAUGCCUGGAGGAAGCAUUACUCAGAUUUUCAACAGACUUCCUGAUUCUGUCCUAGUAUUUUGUUUACUUGUUUUUGCUCAUUUUGUUAAAAAGUAUGAACUGUGGUCCUUUGAGAAUAUUUGCUCAAUUUAAUAAUACAGAACAGAUUUGUUUUUUCUAAAACAAGGUUGUUAAUCUAAAAAUGAGUGGCCAAGAAUGUAUAUUUUGAAAUCAAUAAUGUGCUCAUGAUCAGACUUGGAUUCCCUGUUUCAAGAGGAAAAAUAUACCUGUUGGAUUGUACAUUGGCUAUUAACAAAUAGAUUUUGGUUAAAAUUUCAAAACAAAGGAUAGCAUUUUAUUUAAUUUUUAUUCAAUUCUUUUCAUAGAAUCAUGACACUACUGUUGGAAAAAUCUUGCUUUCUAAAUAAAUUCAAAAACCCUCUA